AUGGAAGCACCAUAUCCAAUGGCUGCUCAACAGAUUCAGUUCUACCAAUACCGGCCAGACUCGGACGCACGGCAUAAUGCUGUGUUCACGCCCAUGCCCGGCGAGCAGCCGAUGUUCAGCCCCAUGGCCGCAUACCCUCCCCAGCAUUAUAUGGCUCCUCAAUACUGGCAAGCGCCAGCUCACUUUGCUCGAGCCCAUUUUAUGCCACAGCAGGUCAUGACUCCCAAGGCCUCUCCUUUGACGCUGGCCAUGCCGAUGCCCAAGUUCAUGGUCGAGCACAAUGGCCCGAUGGAGCAUGGCCACUACCACGGGAGCCGACACUCUUCACCACCGACCCCAGGUCUCUCGGUGUGUCCCAGCACUGCCAGCAGCCCGCCGGCCAGCAGCGUCCACCAGACGCCGGUGCACGGGGCCGGAUACUUCCAUCACCUGCCUCUGGAGGUGUCGAAGGAGGAAAUGCAGCCAUUGCCGUUUAUGGAGGAAUGGAUGGAGAGCGGACAAGUUCACCUGUUCCCGCAUCCUGGCGAUGCCAAGCUCUUGCCCAGCAACUUCCAUCCCGCCUCCAACUUGACCUUGAACUCCAACUGCGGCUCUUUCACCACCUCGACUUCCUUUGCCUCUUGCGGCUCCGGCUGCACGUCGCCUUUGUUGACCCCUGCCUCACCUCAGUCUCAGGUCUCUCCGUCGGCCGCGUACCCUGUAGCCGAGUUUGUCAACCUGCGAGAACUGAGUGCGACCUCCUUCGAGUCCGUCCAGUCUACUGCCGCCCAGAGUUUCCCUCCCUUGCCUACUCUGUCCGCAGAGGACGACGAGCACAAGUUUGCCCUGGGUUCCACUUCGUUCCCCAUCACCCCUGAGCAUGAUACGGCCGACCCGUUCACCCUCCCUCAGAAUCCAUCCUUCGAGUCUUCGUUCUGCAGCGAGCUAGAUUCCGAAGACGAGUUCAGCUUUGUCAACUUCACCGAGGCUGAGAUUGCAUACAACGGCGAUAAGAGACUAAAGUUGUCGUUGGUGGAAGAGGAAGACUUCUUGAGCGUCCACAGCUUCGGCAGCUUUGAUGAGGACGAGCACGCCGCCCACGUCGGUCUGCCCUCUCCUCCUGCAUCCUCGUUCUCCGACGCAGGCUCCUGCUGUGCCACCAAGAAGAGGUCAUCCUCUCACCGCAAGAUGAAGCGCAACGAUUCCAUGGACAGCGACUUCGAGUUCCAACAUAUGGCUGAGGCCGAGGCCGAUGCCGCCAUGAACAAUGAAGGUCAAACCAACUCCUCGGCCAACUCGCAGGAUCAGCAAAGCUCGACCGACGAUAACAACGUCUCGAUGAAUGCCGAUGGCUCUGCUCAAUCACAUGCCACCCCUACCAGCCGCCGCGGACGCAAGCAAUCCUUGACCGAAGAUCCGUCCAAGACCUUUGUCUGCACGCUCUGCUCUCGUCGCUUCCGUCGUCAAGAACAUCUCAAGCGUCAUUACCGCUCUCUCCACACUCACGACAAGCCGUUCGAGUGCAACGAAUGUGGCAAGAAGUUCUCUCGUUCCGACAACCUUGCUCAACACGCCCGCACCCACGGCAGUGGUGCCAUUGUCAUGGGUGUCCUGGAGAACGGUGAGCUGCAGCCCCAUCAACCGUACAACGAGGAGAUGGGUCAUGUACUCUAUGAGGCGGCCCAACGCGCUGCCAUGGCCACUUCCUCCAGCAGCAGUGGUUCCGAGAGCUCUUCGUCCAGUGACAGCAAGCGUGCCCUGAAGAAGAGAAAGCGAGACGAGUCCUUGUAA